CUAGUCUUUUUUUUAAUCUCUAUAGUGACACCGGGACUUUUUCAUUUAGUUUAGUUUCUCGAGCAGAACGCCGUCUUCUCUCGUCUGUGUACGAAACAUUACCAACAGCCGCCCACUAAAUCAAUGGAGAUUAAAUGUAAAGCAGCUAUCGCUUGGGACUUUGGAAAGCCUCUGACAAUCGAAGAUGUGGAGGUGGCGCCCCCUAAAGAGCAUGAAGUGCGUGUGCAGGUUGUUGCCUCAGGGGUUUGCCGCACAGACUGGGCCUACCUGUAUGAGACUGGAACAGGAAUGAUGUAUAGGCCCUUUCCACUCGUUCUCGGCCAUGAAGCAGCAGGUGUGGUGGAGAGCAUUGGUCCAAAAGUGACCAAGUUUUCUCCAGGUGACAAAGUUAUUCCACUUUUUCUGCCGCAGUGUGAUGACUGUGAAUACUGUAAACAUCCCGAAUCCAAUCUUUGCAAACGUAACUGGCACAACAUGCAAGCAGGCGUGUUGGCUGAUGGAACAAGCCGGAUCUCUUGCAAAGGUCAGCAGGUGUACCAGUUUUUGGGCAUUAGUUCUUUCUGCCAGUACACUGUUGUUCCAGAUACCUCGCUUGCAAACAUUAGUAAGGACGCUCCACUGGACAAAGUGUGCCUGUUGGGUUGUGGUGUCUCCACUGGCUACGGCACCGCCGUCAAAGCAGCAAAGGUUAAAAAAGGUGCCUCAUGUGCUGUUUUUGGACUUGGAGCUGUCGGACUGGCUGCUGUCAUGGGCUGUAAGGCCAACGAAGCUGCAAAGAUCAUUGGCAUCGACACCAACUCUGACAAGGCUAGUAAGGCCAUGGAAUUUGGAGCCACUGAGUUUAUUAACUCCAAGGAUCACAACAGGCCCAUCCAGGAGGUUGUGGUGGAGAUGACAGACGGUGGGGUGGACUACGCCCUGGAAUGUGUUGGAAAACCAGCAGUCAUGAGUGCUGCGUUGGAGUCAACCAGAGAUGGCUGGGGCAUGUGUGUUGUAGCUGGAUGGACGGAGACAGAAUCAAUGAGUGUCCGUGUGGAGAAGCUUCUGAUGGGUCGCACCUUGAAGGGGACAUAUUUUGGAGGGUGGAAGAGUGUGAAAGAAGUGCCGCAGCUGGUAGACCUCUACAUGGCACAGAAGCUGAAGCUGGAUGAGUUCAUCACCGGCAACCUUCCACUGGACCAGAUCAAUCGUGCUUUUGACCACCUGAAAAGUGGGACAGGCAUUCGCACAGUUAUCCAUCUGUGAGACUCAGUGGCUGAGGACAAAACACCGCAAUCUGAUUAGAUGAUCCAGACCAUCAUCAUAUGGACAAAAACCUUAAUUUUUCCAGAUAAUAAUCACACUGACCACUAGAUGGCAGUGAAAUAUCACAUAAAACCUUUUGUGUAAGACUAAAGCAUUUCCAUCCUUAAAUAUGAACUUGACUGCAGAAAAUUAAAUACUAAAGUAUUUGUUGUUUUUUGUCAAUAUUUUAAUGUCACUGAAUGAUCAAAGUCGUCAUGUAAAAUAAUCCAGAAUGUAAUUUGUAGAUAUGAAGAUGGCUUCUCCCUGCGUCUGUCUCACUUAGCUCUGGAACUGAUGUCAGUGUGAAGAAAUAAUUUGAAAUUAAACCCACCUGUCUAGAAAAUGGCCUAAACCAUCCUUGAAGCCAAACUCCUGAAUCCAUCAUCAUCCAAAGAGAAGCAUCGGCUUCAUGUGGUCAGGAAGAGUGAAUUUUUGUUCUUGGUAAAUGUAUAUAUUUAUUAAAGACGGAGACAAGAUGAAGGGCUAAAACAACAAUUGUAGACUGCCAGGACAGCAGACAAAAGGUCAUCUGGGGAACGUUUCUCGGUGAAAUCAGGUCAGAGGAAUUUGCGUUAUUGAAGUUCCAUUCAGAUCAAAUGAAUUUUCUUGGCAGAUUCUCCCAUUUAUCCAUCUUGAUUUCAAAAGCAAAAUAAAUGGAUGCCUUUUGGAGAACAGAA